GACUAUCUGCGAUGUCUAAACUGCAAGAAGUGGAAGAUUGAAUUUCAAGAUGCGGAGAUGUCAAUGCAGGCUAGAGCAAAAAGGAUUGACUUAUAUAAAAGCCACAAAGAGAAGUGCAUAAAAAAGGUUAGAAAAUAAAAAAAAGGCAACUGCAACAAUUAAGUCCUGCGAACGACCUCUUGCUAGGUAAGUGAGUGAAUGAAUGAAUUAAAGUUGAAAAACAAGAAGUUGCGAACGAGUGAAAAAGAUGGGAGGCAUUGCAAUUGUAGACUUGCUGCAUCGUGGUUUCUUUCUUGUUUCGUUUCUUUCUCGUCAGCACAUCCUCGGUAGAUGGAUUUCCUCAGCACACGUAGUACUGUGUUACAAAACCAAGGAAAAAAUGUAGAAUUCUGAGGGGCAGGUUGAUGCAGCACAUCACGUUAGCUGUUCGACGGUUCGGCACGAUGCGGUUGAUUCUCGGUAUUUCCUGGGUCUCUGCUGUCUUUUUCUUUCGACUCACAGCGGCGCUCCGGUUGUUAGCUCCUGAUGAUGUGAGUGAAAACUCUCAUCCUGGUGCAGUCAACCAUGCGGACAUUAUACCAUCGGUAAAUGCAAUCACAAACGGACAAAAUCUCGCAUCCUUCGAAGAAUCAUCGAUUUUUUUGGAACAAGCAGAUGAGUUUUCAGGAGACUUAGAAGCAGAUGGACGCCAAGCUCCAGUCGAGGGUGUACCAGAGCAGCCGCGAGAUCUUCUCGCAAAUGAUGGGAUUCCACCAGCCAAGAACCAAACGCGACCAUCUCCUUACGUAACUCCGAAACAGUGCGCGAGUUUAGCGGCCGCUAUGUGGCAGAAGCCAGAGGUCACGUGCAAACGGCGGGAAGUCGAUGCAGACACUGACGUCUGCUCUUGUAAAGUGCCGUUGCCAGCAUCUGUUCACCCCCAGCCCGAAACGGUGCAAUCGGUAAUUGCGGCUCCAGCAGUCGCGACGCCGGGAGCGCCGCCGCCCGUGCAGUUUGAUCCGUAUUAUUGCCCAUCUUACUGCGAUCACAGUUUUCAUCCAAUUCCCAUCCAUUAUCCAACUAAUUAAGUAAUGUAUGAAAAACUUGUCAAAAUUGUAGAGCUCCGAAGCAACAUUUUUAUGGCGAUGUCUUGCGUCCUUGUACGAGCCAUUCUACCUAUAUAUAUAAUCAUGCCUGACACCCAACAGCUUGCCUGAGCCGGCUUCUCCGGUGAAUCCGCUCGCGCCCUAUUCUCCCGGGAGUAUGAGCGCCGUAUGUCCCUUCGGAACCGCAUGCGCAAAUGUGACGCAAUGUGUCGGCUUUGAUACCUGGGGCUUCUCGAAAGUCCAACAAAGUAAGUACUCGGCAGCAUCGCAGCUUCUAAAUUUCAUUCUCUGUGAAUACUAUAUGCCGAUGGACGGGUCUUUCGAAAUUCCCCUACGUGUCAACUUAAGCAGCGAAUACGUUGUGACGGAUAAGUAGCAGUGUACUUGUCUCGCGACAACGGUCAAUCUCGGGACGAGCUUCUGAGUUUGAAGAAUGUCUGUCAAAACGGGAGCGUAACCACUCGUCAUUGUUGUAAUAGAAAGCCGUAGCUCGCCGUAGCAAGUAGGUGGUCUGCGUCAAACAUUAGGUUCCUCCAGAGUUAUGUCAUAAUAAAUCUAGUCUUGUUUUUUCCAAUCAAUGAAUGAAACUACCAUCAUGGCAAUCGCUCGCAUUCCUUGGGAAGCUUUUUCAUUUGAACUGCGCGAUGUCGUUAUGUUUUCCUAUCAAUCUUCGUCGAGAAAUGUUUUGAACAUCUGCCGAAUGCUCGUCUUCUCCGGUUGAAGAAUUCGUAGUAGAAAGGUUUCUACCACAACCACUAG